AUGAAUCAAGACGGUGCCGACAUCUCGUUGCAGGAUGCUCUCGAUGCUACGAACUCGCAAGUGAUAAGACAGAUGAAAAAGCCUAACAUCGUAGACAUUCCCGUGGGCCCAGUGCUGCCUACUCACCUACCAAUCCAACCGGUUGGAGCGGCUCCACCCCGGCUGCGUCAUGCAUUCGAUGUGGUUGGUGAGGUUGAGUUCUCACAUAGUAAGAAGGAGGAGCUGAAUCAUUACGCCAGGGAUGGUGCAUUUCAGAGGUUUCCGGAACCGUUCGGCUUCCAAAGGAACCCCGACGUUGGUGUUGAGAUGCAGCUGGCCCUUAUUCCAAAUUCAGAACGCAGCAAGUUUUACCUCGUGAAACAUUUCAUCUUCAAGGAGCAAGAUUGGCCAGAACGACUCAUUAAGGAAGCACUCCGCAACUUGAUGUCGGAUGUUGUCCCCGCACUUCCCGUCGAUGAUUUCCCCCUCACCUUGGUUGAUGUCGAUCCCACUAACAUCCUCGAGAAGUUCUUUCCUCACUUCAACGAGAAGGCACUCGGCAUGCACGGUGUCCCCAACGUCGGUAAAACUCCGUUGGCCCGCAUCGUUGCCAUGGCCAUGUCCCGGGAUAGGCCAGACAUAUUCGACGACGGCACCCUUUCAGAACAACCGCCUCGCAAAAUCAAGGGGUUUUGUGACGUAGGCAACACCGUCUUGACCAAGGAGAGGUGGGGAGCGGCAAAAUUUCCUCAGGGGCAAAUGCGGUUCUAUGUCAGCAAUGAGUUGCAGUCGGAAGCAGAGCCGUUGUCUAGGAGUUCGGGCAAUUCAAUCAGCCAUAAGACAUUCCUCGAGAUUUUGGAGCCGGCUUGGAUGAAGGGGACCGGAGUUUCCGACAUUACCGCGGUUCUGAAAAGGACGUGUCUCUUGGUCUUCACCGACAACUACAUCUACUACAGACCCGCUACAGACAAGCAGGUAUGGGUUGAACGCAUUCUCCUGGACGACUCGAAAUCAGUACUUCGGCAGAGCAGUGGCCCCAAGUAUAACCAGUACAGGACUGGUUAUCGUGCGCCCGCGGACCCCGCACAUGUUGAAUGGGAACGAGCUUGGAUGGCUAGUGUCAUGGACAACCGCGGCUAG